AAAUAUAUUUUAUAUCAAGUAUGAAAUGUUUAUUCAAAGUAUUCUAUGUCUUCCUCAACAAGAAUAAUCAAUAAUUGUAGCUAUGCUUUAGAUGGCAGUGCAUUCUUGUUUUGAAGCACACUUAUUCAGUGUCUUACAAAUAUCAACGAACAAUUUCAUUCAUUCCAUCCAUAAUUAAUUAUAUUAAUUAAAUAAAUUCAAUGAAUUUCUAUUAUACAAAAUGUAUUUAACAAAAAAUCUAAACAAAUCUUACAAUUUACAAUGUUAUCAGUCAUGAAUAUUGUAAUAAUUGAUAAAGAACAUUAAUAAGAGGAAUUAUAAAUGUUUAUUAAAAAAGUUGCAAUUGUUUAAUUGAUUCAAAUGAGUGUAAACAAUCUAAACUAUGUUUACAAAAAAAUAAAAAUGUGUGUCACUCGUUGUAAAAUUUAAUAAUCAACUCUGUAUAUUCAAUCUAUGAAUAUAAAAAUGGUAAACAUUUGAAGUAAACAAUUGUCUCAGCAUAAAGAUAAAAUAGAUUAUUGAAGAAUAUGGACACGCAAGAGGAUUGUUCAAUGCGAAGAGGACAAUUGGUACAACGUUAUCCAAAUGAUUACAAAAAUGAUGGACAUGCACCACUGUCGAUGAUGAUGAGCCAAGCACAGUACAUGAACACUGGUAGAGCCACAGUGCGUAUCGCAGUCUAUCUGAUGAGUGGAGUAUUCAUAACGAUGGAAGUUGAACAAAAUUCAACUGCACAACAAAUAUUAGCAAUAGUACAAACAGAAGCAGAAUUAGGAUUAGCAAGAGCACCACCUUUAAUUGGUCAACCAGUAUUCGCUUUAUGGUUGUGUUCAUCGCAGUUAGAAAUUCAAUUAAGACCAAAUCACAAGCCAAUAGAGUUAGCUGCAAGAUGGAACCGCUUAGUCAAGAAGUAUGGUGCAUUGAGAGAUGAAACUGAUGAGGAACCCAUAUUAUACUUUCGUAGGAAUGUAUUUCUUUCUAGAUAUGAUGAAGAACAAAUAAAGGAAGCUAAAGUGUUAGAAUUGUUGUAUGCCGAAGCAAGACAUAAUGUAUUGCAAGGUAGAUAUCCAUGUGAAGGUCAAGCACGAUAUGCAAGUUUAGGAGCUUUACAAGCACGUAUCGAAAUAGGCCCUUAUAAUUCACAAACCCAUACAUUGGCAUUUUUUAGAAGACACCGAGGAAGAUUUUUACCUCAUCAUUACACAUCACCAAGUCUUCUAUUAGGAUUAGAAUUUGGAUUAAGUUUGGUUGGUGGUAAAGGAGCACCAGAAGCUAGACUUCUAGAACAAUAUAAAGGAAUACCUAAUCAUUAUGGGACCAAUACAAAUCCACGAAAACUUAUUAGAAAGUAUCUUGAAUUCUGUUGGGGAUUACCUUGUUAUGGUGCUGCAUUCUUUCAAGGACAAAUUGAACGUCCAGUUAGAGGACUUGCAUCUUGGAUUACCAAUCGUGAUUUACAAGUUCUCAUUGCCAUUAACACUUCUGGUGUAUAUAUCGUUGAUGAUAUGCAAUGUAGUCUUCUAUUAGGAUUGAAGUAUUCAGAGUUAAGUUGGGAAAUGGCUAAACCUUCUGAUGAAAGAAACCCUGAUUGUUUACCAUGUUUGUUUUUACAAUUUCCUGUUAGAGAAAAUGGUGCACGUGUUUAUAAAAUUCUACAAGUAUUCUCAAGACAAGCAAUAAUGAUGGACACUUUAAUUUCUGGUUUUGCUGAAGAAAAUCGCAAUCACAGUUCUCACAACGAUGGUACAAACAAUGAACGUCAAUCGGAUCAUUCUACGACUGUUUACACUGGUACUUUUACAAAUAAACUCAGCAAAUUUACAUUGGCAACGUUCGACGACGAAGGUGUGUGUAUAUUCAUUUAUUUUCGUAUUAAUUUUUCAUUUGUUAUUAACAAUUCAAUCAUUUCAGGUAGAUGUAUCGGACAAAUGGGAUCUUGGUCGUUCCAAUAAAUUUCAUUUUAAAGAUAUAAUAUGUGCAACGAGUGAUACACCAUUAUUAUUACUCAUUAAGAAGAU